AUGGGGUCGCCUAAAUUUUCAGGUGGGCUGGUUCCCUAUUCUCAGCAUCGUUCGGUGUUCGGAUCAUGGGAUUUUUGGUUCGCGAAUGGUUUUCAUGGGGCAUCCCAAAGCACCGCACAUCGUUUUUUUUUUUUCCGGUUGCGACCAAUCAAGGACCAAACCAUUGGACUCUUGAAGAGCGACUUGGAUCUCUGGAAACUCUUUGACGAGUUGGGCAUCGAGGUGCACUACGCGCAGCCCAGCCCGUCGAGAGUGCUAAAGGGCGACGCUAGAGAGGGCAUUUCCGCCAAGAAGGUUGCUAUGUCUGCUGUUUUGGACAAGUACUACGGCGACAGUGUGAAGGCGAUCUCUACGGCUGUGAAUUUUUCUGACUUUUGUUGGAAGUGGUUGGUCGAUGUUUCCAUGACUUAA